AGGGAAACCAUAUAAGCCAGUGAAGAUGAGUAAAGUUCACAGCUGUUGGAGUCAGACAAAGAAGUCACACUCACACUGCAAGGUUCCUCAUUCUCACAUUCCUGCAAACAAGGUCAAAUGGAGGAAUCUACCUAUUUCCUAUCCACUUCUUCUCUUACAACUGACCCUAACUACUCAGAUUAUGAACCACUUGAAGACUCAGGUCUGUGCGACAGAAGCUGGGUCAGGGAGUUUCGUGGCCAGUACGAACCGCCUCUCUAUUGGAUCAUCUUCAUCCUCGGCUCUGUGGGUAACCUGAUGGUGGUUACGAUAUACACCACAGUCCGCAAUCGCCUGAAAACGAUGACCGACGUGUACCUGCUGAACCUGGCUGUGGCUGACCUCCUCUUCCUGUGCAUGCUGCCCUUCUGGGCUGUCGAUGCCACUAAGGGCUGGGACUUUGGGGUCAGUCUUUGCAAAACCGUGUCGGCCAUCUAUAAGAUCAACUUCUUCAGCAGCAUGCUGCUGCUCACUUGCAUCAGUGUGGACCGCUACAUCGCAAUCGUACAAGUGACCAAGGCUCAGAACUUAAAGAAAAAGAGGUUGUUCUACAGCAAACUUGCGUGCCUUGGUGUCUGGUUGGUUUCCACCCUGCUGGCCCUUCCUGAGUUUAUCUUUGCACAGGUGAAAGAGGAGCAGGAACAGCAAUCCUCCUGCACGCUGGUCUACUGGAACAAUGCCUUUAACCAUACAAAGAUCCUGGUCCUGUCCCUGCAGAUUUGCAUGGGCUUCUGCUUUCCUCUGCUAGUCAUGAUCUUCUGUUACUCAGUCAUCAUUCGCACUCUUCUUCAGGCCAAGAACUUUGAAAAGCACAAGGCUUUGCGCGUCAUCUUCGCCGUGGUGUUUGUGUUUGUGCUCUCCCAGCUGCCUCACAAUGCCCUGCUGAUUGUGGAGGCCACACAGGCGGCCAACACCACCAUCACCGAUUGCCCAACUGUGAUUGGUUUUGAUGUAGCCGGACAGGUUGCCAAGAGCUUGGCCUUCACUCACGCCUGCCUAAACCCGUUCUUGUACGUCUUCAUUGGAGUUCGGUUCAGAGAGGACCUCCUGAGGAUAGUGAAGAUGUGCGCUGGUGGUCUGAGCAAAGGAGGGUUCAGUAAAAUACACUCAAUUCCCAAACGUCCCUCUGUCAUGUCAGAUACUGACACUACUCCUGCCCUUUCCAUAUAGCGGCCCAUUUUCUAUAAUACUACACCUGAGACCUGAACCUACUAGUCAUGUUUUAAAUUUCCUUCCUCAUGCAUUAAUUGCUACGGUCAUGUUUACAUCCCUGGAGGCAAAAACUCUCUGAAGACUCUUUUCAUUCACACCCUCACAGUCACAAUAAUCCUCAGGAAUCUCUGUACAAAGUGUAAAAAAUGUAAAUACUGUGCUUUUUUUUUACAUUUGUUUCAUCGUGUGCGACUGUAGAGUGAAUAAAUAAAUAAAAAGAAAAACUUUUGAUGUUCCUGUUUGAAACAACCAAUAAAGAGAGAGAAAAAAACUUGCCGUGGCUUACACCUUUGUCCUGUCCUCAGUAGCAAAACACUGACAGGAAGGAAAAAGGUUGACUCAAACAUGAGAUUUUAAUGAAUGUAGACUGACAGUUUAAUUUAGAGAACGUCUGCUUUCACUGAUGUAACGUACUCCGUGUGGUGGGAAAUACGCUCGACUGUGGCUGCUCCAGUCCACAACGCUUUCAGUCUGACUAGACGUCCUUCCCGCCGUCCGUCUGUGCCAUGCUACCUGCUGACACUCUUACUUGUUGAGUGUUUGUCUGGUUAUGACUUGGCAGUUUCAGAGUAAAGGCUGGCAGCGGUUCAUUUAAACUGACAUGAGAGAGGUUUCACACACG